AUGCAGCUCGGUGCAACGCUGCUGUGUGCGCUUCUUGCGCUCGUGUCGCUCAUUUCUCAUGUGGCCGGUAACACAAAGAGCCAAGAGAAGCUUUUAGCUGAGGCGCAAAAAGCCCCGAACGGUAUCCUGGAGCUCGAUGAGAGCACCUACGACCGGCUCCUGGCGGCCCCCCGUGACUUUUCGGUGACGGUGCUGUACACUGCGCUGCACCCCCGCUACCGCUGUGCGGCGUGCAAUCUCUUCAAGGAGCCCUACGAGCAAGUUGCGCUUGGCUGGCAGAAGAAGAAGAGCACCAAGCGCCAUGUCUUUGCCAAGGUCGAGGCGGACCGUGCGAUGGAAGUGCUGAAGCGGAAUAAGUUUACGCACGUCCCUGUGAUCUACAACUUCCCUGCUGCGCCCAGCAGCAUUGCGGAUGAGCCGUCCGAGUACGAUGUGUCGCGCCAGGGAUUCAGCGCGGACGACUUUGCAGAUGUCAUUUCCGAGUUCCUCCAGGUCCCGGUCACGCCCAAGAAGCCGCUGGUGACCAAAGCGACGCUUAUCCAGCUCUUCCUUGGCGGUGCCGUGAUCCUUGCGACUGCGUUUGUCGUGCCGCGUAUCGACUUCCGUAACAGCACCCGCGCAGUGAUGAUGCUCAUCUCGCUCGGCCUGAUCUUUACCUUUACCUCGGGCUACAUGUGGAACCGGAUCCGCAACCCGCCGUUCAUGAUGGCCAAGCCGAACGGCGAUGCGGAAAUCUUUAGCGAGGGCUUUCAGUCGCAGAACGGUGUCGAGUCGCCGAUUCUCAUUGCGCUGUACGCCGGUAUCGCCGUCAGCGCGCUCGUGCUGAACAAUGUCGCUCCCUACAUCCGCUCGGGUCCCUUGCAGCUGCUCGUGGUGCUGGCCGGCGUUGCGGGGCUUCUGCUCGGGUUUAGCUACCUGAUGGAGAUCUUCCGUCGCAAAAACCCGAUCUACCCCUUCCACCUGUUUAUCUAG